AAAACUCUAAUCGGUUAAUAAUCAAGAUUUGAACCCAAUCCAUGUCACUUUAAUCGGAGUGGCUCUGUUCGAAUUAUGUUCAUUUGCUACGCGUACUAAAUGUAUUUAUAUAGAUCGGAUUCGGUACAAAUUCAGGUUUUUCAAUUUUGCGUCGGCAAUGAUCAUCUACAAAUAGAACAAAGAAGCGCGACUCGUAGAAAGAGAAAUCAAAACGAUUCGAGAGAGAUGAUGGCACUCCCUCCUCCUUCUCUACAGCGUCUCUCCACCUUCAAAAACCCUCCCCCUUCUUCACAACCAUCCUCCUCCUCCUCACCUCUAGACUCCUUCGCCAACGACCCCACCCUCGCCCCAUUCCUCUCCCCUUCCUUCUCCUCCUCCUCCUUCUCCUCCGCCGCCCUCGCCUCCGGAUCCCCCGCCUCCACCGCCGAGCGUCUCCACCAAGCCAUCCGCCUCCUCGACUCCCAGCUCCGCAGCGACGUCGUCUCCCGCCACCCCGAGCUCCUCUCCCAGCUCUCCUCCCUCUCCCACGCCGAGAUCUCCCUCUCCUCCCUCCGCUCCUCCGUCUCCUCCCUCCAAUCCUCCAUCCGCCGCAUCCGAUCCGAUCUCUCCGACCCCGUGCGAUCCAUCCGAUCCAAAUCCGUCCAGCUCUCGAACCUCCACUCCGCCGCCGAGCUCCUCUCUCACUCCGUCCGCGCCCUGCGCCUCUCCAAGAAGCUCCGCGAUCUAACCGACGGAUCGGAUCCGGAGAAGAUCGAUCUCACGAAAUCCGCGCAGCUCCAUUUCGAGAUCCUGGCGAUGUGUAAGGAGUACGAUCUCUUCGGGAUCGACGUCGUCGACGAGGAGAUCGAGUUCGUCAAGGAGAUCGGGGAGAGGCUGAGGUCCGAGGCGAUGAAGGUGUUGGAGAGAGGUGUGGAAGGGCUUAAUCAAGCUGAGGUUGGGACUGGGUUGCAGGUUUUCUAUAACCUUGGGGAGCUGAAGGGAACAGUGGAUCAGUUGGUUAACAAGUACAGGGGCGUGGCUGUGAAGAGUGUGAGCGUUGCGAUGGAUAUGAAGGCGGUUUCGUCUGGGUUUGGGCCUGGUGGGAUUAGGUCUAGCGGAGCGCUGCACAUUGGUGGCGGAGGUAAGGUUAGGGAGGCGUUGUGGCAGAGGAUGGGGAGCUGUAUGGAUCAGUUGUAUUCGCUUGUGGUUGCUGUGUGGCACUUGCAGCGUGUUUUGUCUAAGAAGAGGGAUCCGUUUACUCAUGUCCUUCUUCUUGACGAAGUCAUCAAGGAAGGUGAUUCCAUGUUAACAGACAGAGUCUGGGAUGCACUUGUGAAGGCGUUUACUAGCCAAAUGAAGUCUGCAUUCACAGCUUCGAGCUUCGUUAAAGAGAUAUUCACCAUGGGAUAUCCGAAGCUUGUGUCCAUGAUAGAAAAUCUUCUCGAAAGGAUCUCUCGUGACACCGAUGUGAAAGGAGUGUUACCUGCGGUUGAUUCAGAAAGGAAAGAACAAAUGGUUUCGUGCAUUGCAAUAUUCCAGACUGCGUUCUUAUCCCUAUGCUUCGGACGGUUGUCAGAUCUCGUGAACUCUAUAUUCCCUAUGUCGAGCCGGGGGAACUUGCCUUCCAAAGAACAGAUCUCGCAGGUGUUAUCACACAUUCAAGACGAGAUUGAGGCUGUUCAUCCAGAUGGUCGUUUGACUCUUUUGGUUUUGCGUGAGAUAGGCAAGGCCCUUAGUAACCUAGCUCAACGAGCUGAGUGUCAGAUUUCUACAGGUCCUGAGACGCGCCAGAUCACAGGUCCUGCAACUUCAACACAGAUCAGGAACUUCACAUUAUCUCAGCAUUUGCAAGGAAUCCACACGUAUAUCUCAUCCAUGGUAGCUGACCUUCCCAGUAUCGCCGCUGAUGUAUUGUCUCCUCAUCUGGGCGCGAUAUACGCCGCGGCAUGCGAGCCAGUGACGCCUUUGUUUAAAGCAAUGCGAGACCAGCUCGAGUCAUGCAUACUUCAAAUUCAUGACCAAAACUUUGGCGUUGAUGAUGCUGCUGCCUUGGACAACAACUCUUCCCCGUACAUGGAAGAGUUGCAGAGAUCGAUCCUCCACUUCCGCAAGGAGUUCCUAUCUAGACUCUUGCCUUCCGCAGCAACGGCUAACGCUGCAGGGACGGAAUCGAUCUGCACUAGACUUGCAAGACAAAUGGCUUCAAGGGUUUUGAUCUUCUACAUCAGGCAUGCUUCCCUCGUGAGGCCACUAUCAGAAUGGGGAAAGCUCAGGAUGGCUAGAGACAUGGCCGAGCUGGAGCUCGCGGUGGGGCAGAAUCUGUUCCCAGUGGAGCAACUCGGUGCACCGUACAGAGCUCUUAGAGCAUUUAGGCCAUUGGUUUUCUUGGAAACAUCUGAAAUGGGAUCGUCUCCUCUCAUCCAGGAUCUACCGCCGAGCAUCGUCCUGCAUCAUCUCUACACGAGAGGCCCGGACGAGCUGGAGUCACCGAUGCAGAAGAACAGGCUGAGUCCGAAGCAGUACUCACUGUGGCUUGAUAGCCAAAAGGAGGAUCAGAUCUGGAAAGGAGUUAAAGCGACAUUGGAUGAUUAUGCAGUGAAGAUCAGGUCGAGAGGAGAGAAAGAGUUCAGUCCUGUUUAUCCUCUAAUGCUUCAAAUUGGAUCAUCUUUGACACAAGAUAACGUAUAAGCUCUAUAUGUUCUCUUUUGUUCUCUCGCAGGUCAAAUGAAUAAAUAUUUUUAUUACUAUUUUGUCUCAGGAGUUUUCUUCAGUUAAAGUGACAGUAUCUCGCGUACAUGUCAUGUAAAUCAAGAUUCAUAGUCACACAUCAUAGCAUGGUUGGUGUCUUAAAUAGAGUUACUGGUUUGUUUGA